AAGAUAACUGAACUAAAUGGACCAAAAGAACCUAACGGUGAUGACUGAAUUCAUUCUAAUCGGAGUCACAAGGCGCCCUGAACUGCAGCUGCCCCUUUUGGGGGUCUUCCUCCUCGUCUACAUGAUCACAGUGAUGGGAAACCUAGGCCUGAUCCUCCUGACCAAGGUGGACUCCCGCCUACACACGCCGAUGUAUUUUUUCAUCAGACACCUGGCCGUCAUUGAUCUUGGUAAUUCUACUGUCAUUUGUCCCAAGAUGCUGGUAAAUUUUGUUGUGAAUCAAAAUAUCAUUUCCUAUUAUGAAUGUGCCACCCAGCUGGCUUUCUUCCUUUUGUUCAUUAUCAGUGAGUUUUUCAUCCUGUCGGUCAUGGCCUAUGACCGCUACGUGGCCAUCUGUAACCCUCUGCUCUACAAUGUUAUCAUGUCCCCAAGACGUUGCCAUGUGCUUGUGGGUAUUCCAUACCUCUAUAGUACGUUUCAGUCCCUUAUGUUCACCAUUAAGAUUUUCACUUUGACCUUCUGUGGCUCUAAUGUCAUCAGUCAUUUCUACUGUGAUGAUGUCCCCCUGAUACCUAUGCUCUGCUCAAAUGCACAAGAGGUACAGCUGUUGAUCAUAAUGUUUUCAGCAUUUAAUCUGAUUUCCACCUUGUUGGUUGUCCUGCUGUCCUACCUGCUGAUUCUGAUAGCCGUAUUUCGAAUGCAUUCUGCUGAGGGCAGGAGAAAAGCUUUCUCCACAUGCGGUUCUCAUCUGACAGUGGUGGUUGUGUUCUAUGGGACCCUACUCUUCAUGUAUUUGCAGCCCAAAUCUGCUCAUUCAUUUGAAACUGACAAAAUGGCCUCAGUGUUUUACACUUUAGUCAUUCCCAUGCUUAACCCCUUGAUCUACAGCUUAAGGAACAAAGAGGUAAAAAAUGCCUUCCACAGGAUCAUUAAGAAUCCAUGAA